AUGAAACAUCCCGAUGCCCGGUCGGGCUACCCGUGGACACCAGCCAUGGAGGCUGCUCAGGACACCAAGCGCGCUGCCAGAGUGCCCUUGGCCCAGGGGCCUCUGCAGCGCUCGAGGGCCACGGAGGAAGGUGCCAUGCCAGGCUUUUUAUUUGCUCCUGAUGAUCUCUGCAUCGGCAUCGACACAUUGCAGGACAGCAAGACGAUCACAGUCCGAAUUCACUUUGAGACCGAAGCACUCCACGUCGUGCAGAAGAUCAUGCCGCUGGAAGAGCUCUUUGCUGCAGAUAUCCUGGAUGAUCGCAUCAACAUAUUCCUGCAGGGUGACGAGCAGAAUCCAAUUCUUUGGGCAGGCCUUUCGGGAAGGUGCAUUCCGAAGUCGACUACCUGGGCGCUGACGACCUGCGACAGCUUCCGAAACCGGCAGCGCAACCCCAGUGCCCCAGGCCACGCCUUGGCAAUCGUGCUGAAGAAGCACAAGGCGAAGGCGUUGAGUCCUCGUGUGCCCAAGAGCUCAGACAGACCGGUGAAGGACUACUAUGGCUCCUGGCCUCAGCUCUUCUCGAUGCUGGUCCUGAUUCGUGUAGUCCCGAAGUUUCCACCCCAGGGUGUGGAGCUAGGUCCGGAUACGACGCAGACCAACACGGUUCAGCAUGCACAGACGUUGCCCUUGUCGACCUGUGUCCAUCAUCCCUUGAUGCUGAAGAAUUACGACGAGCUGGAGGACUUGUUGGAGGCUCUACGGGGAGAUGAGGAGGAUCGACGCCGCCUGACCGCUGAACAGCGACGGAGCUGUGAGCGGCAGCUGUCCGAGUGGAAGGAGGAGCGAUUCGAGGGCUUGCCGGGCGCGGCGCUGCUGCCCAGGAGCCCUGAAGUGAGACUGGCCUUGCGGCGACCUGACUGA